AUGUCCAACCACACUACAUCGACCCAAAACGCUGGUGGCCCGGAAUUUCUCCUCCACACUUACUACCGCUCCUCCUGCUCCGGCCGGCUGCGAAUCGCCCUAGAAUUCAAACAGCUUUCUGUCGAAUUGGCUUACAUUCACCUGUUCAAAGGCGAACAGCACUCAGAGGAACACAAGACGCUCAAUCCUUCUGGCUCGGUUCCAGUGUUGACACAUCUGGUGGGCGAGAAUCCAAGCUUCCCAAUCACCCAGUCUGUCGCCGCUCUGGAGUAUCUCGAAGAAAUAUAUCCAACGCAGCACCCACUCUUACCACCCUCAACCCAGCCGCUGGAACGAGCAAAAGUCCGAACGCUAGUCAACAUCAUCACAAACGACGUGCAGCCCAUCACCAACCGCCGCAUCACGACAGCCGUCAAAGAACUAGGCGUAGAUCCGGUGCAAUGGAGCAAGCAGUACAUGACGCGCGGCCUUGAAGCGUACGAGAGGAUAGCGGAGAAGACGGCGGGACGGUACAGUGUAGGAGACAGCGUGACGAUGGCGGACGUGUGUCUCAUCCCGGCGGUGUGGACGGCGGACAAGCACGAGGUCGAGCUGAAGAAGCUGCCAACGGUCAUGCGGGUGUAUCGUGCGCUUAGCGAGUUGGAGGCUGUGAAGAGGGCGCAUUGGAGUGUGCAAAAGGAUGCGCCUGCUGAUUUGGAAUGGCUGUGA